CUUCCCCCAAAAAUUGAUGAACUCGAGGCAGUACUCUCUGAGCGGAAACUUGAUGUAGUUGCCAUAACGGAAACAUGGCUGAAAACAGAAAUCGCGGAUUCGGAGAUUUCGAUUCCAGCAUACCAGCCGUUCCGCAAAGACCGCCAAAACCGACAAGGUGGUGGGGUUGCUGUGUAUGUUAGAACUGGAAUCUCUGUUGUCGAAAGAGAACACACUCAAGCCUUGGAGUGUGAAUCCGUCUGGUUAAAGAUCAAGAAGGCUAAUUCACACAACCUUGAAUUUCUGGCCAUAUACCUGCCACCAAACGUUCUGAGUGGAGCCGACGACACGCUCCUUAGUCUGGUGAAGGAAGCUGCUAGCCACCAGGAGGUUCUCAUUGUUGGUGACUUCAACUCCCUGCAGUAG